CGAAGCUACGUGGAUUGUACCAUUCGGUACAUCGUUGUAGUCUAAAUUGGUGCAAACACGUGUUAUUAUUAAAUAUAGAUAAACAAAUAAAAUUUCUUCUCAAGGAAUACAAUUGAUAAAAUGACUGAAAAAUAAUACGAAGAUAAAGAAAGAAAUAUUGAGACGGUUAUGAACAAUUUAACGGAUUGUUAUGUUUCUAUAGUCGUCUCUUUGUGUAUUCGCCACUUGUUAGAUAUUAAUAAUUGGAUAAUCUUAAAAUUAUAUACAAACUACAGACUAUAUAAUACAAGGAAUCACAGAAGCAUUCUAUGAGGAAUAUUUUAUGGCUGGGUUAUGAUACAUUUAAAGGAGAAAAUAUAAGAAAUAGAAAAAAUUAUAGAAAUGGAAGCGUCGUGGUUUUCUCGCGUAGUUGCUCAUCAUCCGUAUGCUAUUUUGAUGAUAGUAUUUGUAUUUUCGUCAGUAUGUCUCAUUAUCCCGCUUACAACUCAAAAACUUCCAGAUUUUUCGGAUCCUAUAGCGGGUUUCGAAGCAAGAGGUACAGUUUUAGCGCAAAGGAUCACUGUCUGGCAGAAUUUAAUUGACUCUGUAAAAUUUAAUGGACAACUAACUAUUGAUCCUUUGGAGUAUUAUCAACACUUGCUUCAUCAACAAAAACUUGAGUCUGAUUUACAUAUAAAAAAUAAGACUGUGACUAGUGAGGAAGUUUUUGGAAAACCAUAUAAAAAGCCUAAAGGGAAGAAAUCUAAAAUGCCACAAAAUGACACAAGUAUUAAAGAAACGAGCGAGAAGCCUAAAGAUAUGAAGAAGGAAUCGCAUAAUUCAAAAAGCCUAAAUAAUAUUAUAAUAGAGAAUAAGAAUCAAGAUCACGUCAAUAGUGACAAUUUUUUUUGCAAUUUACCAGGUGACGUGUAUGCUCGUGUUAUAAUUGGUACUUCGGACCUGGUGGAUUUGGAAGAAAAUGACUUGUGGUCCACAGAUGGUAUAUUAGCUCAAUGUCAUAUUGACGAUGUACUUCGUUCUAAUGCUCACUUUACAUCUCUGUGUCAAAGGGCGCGAGAGGGUAAUGGGCAAAAAUGUUGUCGGAGUUGGUCACCAGCUAAUUAUGUUGCGUUAUUAUCGAAUCGCAGUUCAUGUUUAGGUGUAACGGAAAAUGAUUUGAGCAGUGUAAAAGCACUUUUACAAAAAUGCGCUGAUUAUUAUCACAAUCGUCAGUUAUCGGCUAAUUGUGAGGAAAAUGACAAUUGCCAAAAACAUGUGCCAUCUGAAUGUUAUGCGAAAAAUGCAGUUUACCAUUUGCUGCACUUUCUUUUGGACGUUGAUUUUAUAUCAAGUUCGAAGGCAAAUCUGAAAAAGAGACAAAAUUCAACGUUACAGUCUGCUAUGUUAUUUCUUCCGAUUGCAAAAAGCUCUGCAACUUUAAAUUUUUACAAAGAAUUAGACAGUAAUGACUUAAAGUAUGGAAACUUUCGUGUUCAAGGCAUAGAGUUUGGCCUAAAAAGUAUAUUGUUCGAUCGACUGUUAGUAUCUGAUUCGAGUUUGUUAAUCUGCGGCUUUGUCUUUGUUGCUCUUUGCAUUUCGGCAUAUACUGGCUCUAUAAUUUUGACCAUAACAACGAUUUUCGCAGUGCUAUUUAGCCUUGGUAUUUCGUACGCAGUGUACUCUCUUGUCCUGCGUAUUAAAUUCUUUCCAUUUAUGAAUUUGUUGGCCGUUGUUGUAGCUGUGGGUAUUGGGGCAGACGAUGCAUUUAUAUAUUGCAAAGUGUGGGAAUCGAAAAAACAGCAAAAGCUUCCUGGCGGAUUAGUCCGUUUGGUGCAAGAGACGAUGAGAUAUGCUUUUCCAUCUAUGUUCGUCACAUCUCUCACUACAGCAAUAGCUUUUUUCACUUCAAUUAUUAGCAAUGUGUCUGCCAUCAAUUGCUUCAGUUUAUUUGCAGGCAUUACAGUUAUCGCUAAUUUCUUCUUGAUGGUCACGUGGUUACCGGCAUGUGUAAUUGUGUCAGAGCGUUAUAAAUUAACCGCUUUAUCUCCCGUCAAUUUCAUUACCAGAAAGAUUAUUCGUCCCUUGCGAUCCUUCGGAGAUACAGUGACGGCGGGAUUUACUGCCUUUCUAACCGGAAUAGUCAUUCGCUUGCGAUGGUUCUGGUUAUUGAGUUUGGGAACUUUAGCAACAAUAGCUUGCGUUAUCGUCUUCCAUUAUCCAGGCUUGCAAUUGCCAGAUCAUAAGGAUUUUCAGUUAUUCCACAGUUCACAUUUAUUUGAACAGUAUGAUAUGGUAUAUCGGCGGAAGUUCUGGUUUGAACAGGAGAAGGAUGGCAAAGACGCCGAAGUUUUACCAUUGCGAUUUGUAUUUGGCCUAAAUCCAAUUGACAAUGGUGAUUACCUUGAUCCCGCUAACAAGGGCACACUGGACUGGGAUGAAACUUUUGACAUUUCUGAUGAAGAGUCACAAGUUUGGCUCUUAAAGUUUUGCCGAAAUCUACGGAGUCAACCUUUCUAUCGCAGUACCAUGGGACCUCUAUUGCCUAAUUGCUUUAUCGAACCGUUACAUUCGUGGAUGCAGAAAAGAUGUCAGGAUCCUGUUGAUCCUACAAUUGAUUAUACACCCUGCUGCGAAACCAGUAAAUUUCCGUAUAAGCCCAGUGUUCUGCGACAAUGUGCAGCCGAACAUAGCGCCAGUUUGCAACGCACACCGUAUUUGAAGGACAAUAUUGAUUGGAAUGCUUUAAAGGAAUAUAAGGAAUAUAAGGAAUAUAAUGGUUUUGCAACUGUACAAUUUGAAAAGGAACCAUUGCCUAAACAAACGUCAAAUGACACGCUUAUGGUUAAAUCACCGCCUAAAAUUAAAUUAGUUAUCGUCGAAUACGACAGUACAUAUGUAUAUUCUCACUCGUUCGCAAACAUGGACAAAUUUGUUCGUCAGGUUGAAGACUGGAUGCAAAAUCAAUUACGAAGUGCGCCGAAAGGAAUGCAAGGAGGGUGGUUUUUUAGCCAGUUCGAAUUUUACGAACUACAACGUGUACUUUACGAAGGUACUCUAAAGGCAGUGGGUGUAUCGUUGGUUUUAGCUCUGAUAAUACUGGCGUUAGUGACUCUAAAUCCUCUUGUUAGCCUGUAUGCUAUCUUAGCUAUUGGUUCUGCAAUAAUGGUAACUAUUGCUACACUUAUUCUUCUUGGAUGGAAGCUCAACAUCCUAGAGAGCAUUGCAGUAUCUACAGCGAUAGGUCUCGCUGUGGAUUUCAGUUUGCAUUAUGCCGUUAGUUAUAAGGAAUGCGCUUCUGAGAUCAGAGUGGACCGAGUGAAAACGGCACUGCAACAAAUGGGCGGUCCGACUCUUAUGGCAGCGAUUACGAGCGGAGCGGCAGGCGCUUUAAUGUUACCUUCUCAUGUAUUAGCGUAUAUACAAAUCGGUGUAUUUUUAUUAAUCGUAAUGGCGAUCAGCUGGAUAUACGCCACAUUAUUCCUGUGUUCAAUGUUAGCGGUUGUAGGGCCAUCUUUGCACUUUGCUCAGUAUGAAUAUUCCAAAGCGGACCACAAGUCUCUCGGAGGACUCGGUACGAGUCGCUGGCUGGAAGCGCUUUGGGAACCAAGUGCUGGUUUAUUCGCUCUACCAGGAGGUCUUGACAUGCUGGAUGUAAGCGGCGAUGGUGAUGCCAGGCUCAUUUGCGCUGAUUUAGGAGCAAUUGGGAGUGAUUCCACAAAGAUACGAGUGUACAAAGGAGGCGAUCAGGUAACCGAACAUAGCAUGGUGGAUCCGCCUUGUGGUGUAGUUGGUUUUUAUACGGAAAAUGGAGAACCUCGGUCGUGCGUAGUGGCUGUAGGAGCUGGGGCCAAUGUCUACGUGUACAAAAACAUGAGACCUUUUUUCAAGUACUGUCUACCAUAUAUUGAUGUUCAUCCAAAGGAACGAGAGAUUUGGCAUAAAUGCGGACUGGAUGAGGAACUAAACGUACUGACACUCGUGGACGAUUUGGAGUUGUUGCUGAAGGAACUCGGUGCGGCGUUUCUUUCACCUCGCACGUUAAAGUUCUUAUCUAUGGACAGCAAUCUACGAUUAAGCUUCGCCGAGCAGUAUAGAAGAGUGCCGCUUGUUAAAGCCAACGCGCUAACAGCGAUCGCUGUUAUCCGAAGGGACUCGUGGAACGAUCCUGCCAGUAGUUGUCUUAUAUUAGGAACCGAAGCUGGUGAAGUUCUCAUCUUAGAUCCCAGAGCUUUUUCAGUUAUGGACAAGCAUCAGCUGGAGUGGCCGCCGGUGGCAUUUGCCUGUUACGGUUUGUGGACAGGCGACGGUCGCGUGAUGAUGAUUGGAAGGGAUGGAAAAAUAGGAGUAAUUCGGAGAGGAAGUCCCGUGAAACUUUGGGAAACGUUGCCCGCACCAGCGGUAGCCAUUUCCGUUCUGACCUCCGAAGGAGCGGCGGUGGCUGUUAUGGAUGGCACUCUAAUGGGAUUCUCGAAAAAGGGCACAAAAAUGUGGCACAUCAGCAUCCCUGGCAUAAUACUGGACCUAGCGAGCUUACCGGUGCCGCAGAAUGGACUGUCUUUGCUCGCUGUAAGCACAGCGGGACACGGAAUCCGCAUUUAUGACGGGAAACAUCACGUGGACACGGUGAAGAUUCUAGAGCCCGUGUCCGCUCUUAAGUACGGACGAAUGGGGCAAGAAGAACGGACAAUUGCUAUGGUGACCGUCGGCGGUGGCUUGUGCAUGAAGAUUCUGAAGCGCACCGCCGACUUCAACGUGAACAAUUUAACGUCGAGUCCGUCGUCGUUCAACACGUUCAAGUUCUCGAUACCGAAGAAAACCCGAUUGUUCGUCGAUCAAACGAUAAGGGAGAGGGCCGAGGCGAAGAAGAUUCAUAAUACAUUUCAGCAAGGCUUUCUUCGUCUACGCCUGACGACGGCGAAACAAGCGUCCGAACAAUUAAGUGAGAAUCAAGCGUCGGGACCGAAUCCCAUCACGGUAGAGCCGAACGUCCUCGGCUUGGGUCCAAAUUAUAUGAUUCGCAUUAUAGUGACGAACAUCUCCGAGGAUUUAUCCUACACGGACUUGUAUAUCCUCUGCAGAGCUGAGGACACCGAAGUGAGACCACGUGUGGUGGAUUUACCUUUAUUGCCGAACGCCGUACCUGUAUCUCUGACCGUUAGCGCGAACUUGAAAAGUCAAAUAUCGGGAAAAGUUAAGAUAUUAUUAUGCAAGAAGUCAGAUCCGAAACCCUUGGCUGUAACAACUGUGAUAUUGCCAGCAGCUGAGGAAAGUUUCGAAGUCUGAAAAGUACGAUUAUUAAAGUUAUUAAAAGAAACUGAUAAUUGUCUCGUGUUUUAAGAACCUAUUUCUCAACAAUCGGGUUUUACUUAUUGAGAAUAUAUAU